AUGUUGAAGAUUAUUCCUGGGGAUAGCGAUGCUCUUAUUUCUGAAAGCGGCGCCCACAAUCCCAGUACGAGGGGCUUGGGUCACUUGGAUAGCGGCCACUCUACGCCCUUGAACAUUGUGAUUAUUGGGGCGGGCAUUGGCGGACUCACGGCCGCCAUUGGACUACGGCGAAACGGCCAUAACGUCCAGGUCUUUGAGCAAUCUCGUCUAGCCGGCGAACUCGGCGCCGCUGUUCACUUGGCGCCAAAUGCCAACGGUAUCCUGCGAAGAUGGGGCGUCUUGGGCGAGACUUUCGGGGCCAUCACGAUGGAUGGCCUUGUAGAGCGGGCCAGCGAUGGGCGGGUCAUUAAGAACUUAGAUCUAACCGUCUUGAACGCACGUUGGCAACACCCGUGGCACCUCGUCCAUCGAGCUAGCCUGCAAGAGAAACUCAAGUGGCUUGCCACAUCUAGCGGGGAAGGCACGCCGGUGAGACUAGUCACAUCGCAGAAAGCCGUCAAUGUCGACCCCGAACAAGGGGUCCUGACUCUUGAAGAUGGCACGACAGUGGCAGGUGAUGUUGUCAUUGGGGCCGAUGGUAUUUAUUCAACGGCGAGGAAGAGUAUUAGAGACGCUAAAGUGUUUGGCUCGGGUAAGGCGGCAUUUCGCUUCCUCAUUCCGAGGGAGGUGGCUGAGGCGGAUACAAUGACCGAGCCGCUGGUGAAGUCGAAGAAUACUCUUGUCAUGUGGUUUGGCGGUGACCGUCGUGUUGUCAUGUACCCCUGCAACGAUAACCUCCUGCUCAAUUUCGUAUGCAUACAUCCCGACACCGAGUCUCAAACUAGACGGUGGAACAAACAAGCAUCUCUUGAACAAGUGCUGAAGGUGUACCGAGACUUUGAUCCAGCCCUCAAGGCCCUCAUGAGUAAGGUCGACCCGUCAACAAUCAAGGUAUGGCAGUUAUUAGACAUGGAAAAAUUGCCUACGUGGUCUGCGGGCAAGCUCGUGCUCCUUGGGGAUGCGGCACAUCCAUUUACGCCACACCAGGGCCAAGGCUGUGGCCAAGCAAUAGAGGAUGCGGCUGCCCUCGCGGUCGUACUUCCCAGGGAGACGGCCAGCGAAGAGCUCCCCGAACGUCUCAAGCUAUACGAGCAAAUCCGAUCUGGGCGGGCACAUGCCAUACAGCAGUAUUCACGACUGGCAGGCCAAGACUGGCAAAACGGCCAGCCAGCCGUCGAUAGCACUGACCGUUCACAAGUGAUGGCGUAUACAAACUUUAACUUUGGGCACGACGAAAUCGACCACGCCCGAAACAUUUUCAACCGAUGGAUGUGGGCGAAAAACCCGGGGGCGCACCGACGGGUGCCGGUUGCCUUUGGUCCCUUUUCCGCGACAACGCCCCGGCCGGCAAACGAGCAUGGCCAAGGGGGGCCCGCAACGACGGCAACCAUUACGUUCAAGACGUCGCGCACAUUUCUCGAGACGUUGUUUCCGACGGCGCAAUUCCGCUUCAGGGAUGCCGACACAGUUGCCAUGGCUAGCUUCUUGAUUACGAGCUUUCCGCACGUCACGCAGCUCGACGGCAGCUCGGGCAACGGCCACGCCCGGCUAGGGCUGUAUAUGCACGGAGUUCAAUACGCCAAGAACGACGGCACGGCUGUUGACGGCAUCUACUUGGCCGUGCUCCUUGAGUCAUGGCCCGACUCGGCCGUGGCCAGCCGUGAAGGGCCGAGGUUGCCCACGGCAUGUUGCGAUAUUAGAGUGACUCGCCCCUCCGCCAUCACCGGCGGGGGCUCAGGUGAUUCCGGCUACCGUGCCACGGCGAGCUGGCACGGCGCUACGUUUGCCGAGUUUGUGCUGCCAAACCUUAUCAAAGCAAGUGGCUACGACGGUGGUGACACGAGGAGGAAGGAGCAGAGCGGGGUUGGUCGUGGCCUGGACAAGGGAAGCGUUCUCGCAUACCGUUAUGUCCCGCCGGCGGGAGGAGAGCCGGAGCAAACGGAGGCAGGCCAUGCCUGUGUUUUGACACACAUGGAGCGGGAAGAGGAGGGGCAUGUGCUGGCGAACCCGACAACGAUGGCAGCUGAGGCCGAAAGGGUAAAAGUCAGCAUUGAUGCCCUCGACUGGGAGACGCUCCCGGCGCUCCACCGCAUCGCAGCAACACUGGCGGAAAUACCCAUCUAUGAUAUUUUGGAAGCCAAGGUUGUUGAGGGGGAGGGGGGGUUCGGUGGUCUGGACACGGAGUCGUGUAGGCGGAUCGAGUAA